AUGCCAGGUCGACAGGGGGCGAGGCUCAGAGGUGGCGCUGACUUCAACUCGACCGGGCGCGGCCAUUGGGUCUCUGCUGGUAUCGGUCUCCCAACAGUUGUUGAGCGAGUCACGAUCCAGCCGGUUCCAGUACCAGCAGCGCUGCACUCGAGCAAAAGGCCCCACGACACGCCAACAAGCGAGCUCACGCUAGUCUCGUCGGCCAAAAUAUCAGCCGCUGUCUCGACUUGUGGAAGCGCGGCCAUUUCGCCCCUCCAACGGCUGCGGCCGCCUCCUUCUCCCACUUGA